AUGUGUUACAACUAUUAUGGAAACUCUUACGGGGGCUGUGGAUAUGGCUCUGGUUGUGGCUAUGGAUAUGGCUCUGGCUGUGGAUAUGGUUGUGGAUAUGGCUCUGGCUGUGGCUGUGGCUAUGGCUGUGGAUAUGGUUGUGGAUAUGGCUCUGGCUGUGGCUGUGGCUAUGGUUCCAGAUAUGGCUGUGGCUAUGGAAGUGGCUGCUGUACCUGCCGACCAUUUUGCUACAGAAAAUGCUGUUUUUCUUGCUGUUAG